CGACCGACUCUCGGUCAGAGUGAAAUAACAUCUGCCGUAACACAUGUGGAAGAUCAGGCGUUAAACACGGCCGGUGAGGUGAUGCGAGGACGGAGAACAACUGCUGAUAACCGGAUCAAUACUUAAAGUUUAUUUUAAGUUUAUUUCACUCCUGAACUUUGUCUUUUGACUCAAACAGGUGAAGAUGAAGGUGUGUGUGUGAGCUGAUGUGGACGUGAAUUCAGCAGAAUGGACCAGUGUGAGGACAGAGAGGAGGGAGUCCCUCCCUCUAAAACCUCUCUGUGUGGGGAACAUGAGAGUCGGAGCAAAGCUCAGAGGAAUCGACCUGGACCUGGACCUGGACCUGGACCUGGACCUGGACCUGGACCUGGACCUGGACCAGGACCUGGACCUGGACCUGGACCUGGACUUGAACCUGGACCCAGCUGUGUGUCCUUGAAGAGCAACAUGUCAAAGGACGAUUUUAUUAACUUCAAAGGAGAGCAACGUUCUGCUGUAAAAAGGGUCCAUCAGAAAAGAGACUCUCUUGAACAUGAACCCAGCUGUUUGUCCUUGAAGAGCGACCACUCAAGGGACUGGCUAUUUGACUUUAAAGGAGACCAACAUUCUUCCUCAGAGAGAGUGGACCAGCAGAGCUCAGAUCCUCCCAGCGGUCCGUCUGUCCAGCAGCAUCAGACACAGCUGGGCUCCAUAUUUCUGCUGCUGGAGGACAACAUUGUCCUGUUUGUGAAGAACGAGCUGAAGAAGAUCCAGAGGGGUCUGAGUCCAGAUUACCCAGAAUCCCUAGAGGAUGUGUUGCAGGGUGAGGAUGAAGAGCAGAGGUGGAGCAGCAGAGAGGCGUUUGUGAAGAUCACAGUGAACUUCCUGAGGAGAAUGAAGCAGGAGGAGCUGGCUGAGCGUCUGCAAAGCAGUUCUUUUGCUGCAUAUUGUAAAAAGCGGCUGAAGUCUAAGCUGAAGGAGAAGUACCAGUGUGUGUCUGAGGGGAUUGUUAAAGCAGGAAAUCCAACCCUUCUGAAGCAGAUCUACACAGAGCUCUACAUCACAGAGGGAGGGACUGGAGAGGUCAACGAUGAACAUGAAGUCAGGCAGAUUGAAGCCGCAUCCAGGAAACCAGUCAGAGCAGAAACAACCAUCAGACAGGAAGACAUCUUUAAACUCCCGCCUGGAAGAGAUGAACCAAUCAGAACAGUGAUGACGAAGGGAGUGGCCGGCAUCGGGAAAACAGUCCUAACACAGAAGUUCACUCUGGACUGGGCUGAAGGAGCCAACCAGGACAUCCAGUUACUGCUUCCAUUCACCUUCAGAGAGCUGAAUGUGCUGAAAGAGAGAAAGUUCAGCUUGGUGGAACUUGUUCAUCAAUUCUUCACUGAAACCAGAGAAAUGUGCAGCUUUGAAGAGUUCCAGGUCGUGUUCAUCUUUGACGGUCUGGAUGAGAGUCGACUUCCUCUGGACUUCCACAACAAUGAGGUCCUGACUGAUGUUACAGAGUCCACCUCAGUGGAUGUACUGCUGACAAACCUCAUCAGGGGGAACCUGCUUCCUUCUGCUUGUCUCUGGAUCACCACACGACCAGCAGCAGCCAAUCAGAUCCCCCCUGAGUGUGUCUCCAUGGUGACAGAGGUCAGAGGGUUCACUAACCCACAGAAGGAGGACUACUUCAGGAAGAGGUUCAAAGAUGAGGAGCAGACCAGCAGGAUCAUCUCCCACAUCAAGAAAUCACGGAGCCUCCACAUCAUGUGCCACAUCCCAGUCUUCUGCUGGAUCACUGCUACGGUCCUGGAGAAAGUCCUGGAAAUCAGAGAGGGAGGGGGGCUGCCCAAGACCCUAACUGAGAUGUACAUCCACUUCCUGGUGGUCCAGGCCAAACUGAAGAAGGUCAAGUAUGAUGGAGGAGCUGGGACGGAUCCACACUGGAGUCCAGAGAGCAGGAAGAUGGUGGAGUCUCUGGGAAAACUGGCUUUUGAGCAGCUGCAGAAAGGAAACCUGAUCUUCUAUGAACCAGACCUGAGAGAGUGUGGCAUCGAUGUCAGAGAGGCUUCAGUGUAUUCAGGAGUGUUCACCCAGAUCUUUAGAGAGGAGAGCAGCCUGUACCAGGACCAGGUCUUCUGCUUCAUCCAUCUGAGUGUUCAGGAGUUUCUGGCUGCUCUUCAUGUCCAUCUGACCUUCAUCAAUUCAAAUGUAAAAAACCUGAGUACGCAACACACAGAGGAGCUGAAUGGUUUCUUUGCUCGCUUUGAGACACCACAGCAGCACUCAGGUGCUCCAGCCCUGCCCACCCCCCCACCAGGAUCCUCCAUAACUCCACUCACUGUACAGGAGCAUGAUGUCAGAUGGGUGCUCCUGACAGUGAACACCAAGAAAGCUGCUGGCCCAGAUGGAGUUCCAGUCAAGGUGCUAGGAGCGUGCGCCCACCAGCUCACCCCCAUCUUCACCAGGAUCUUCAACACCUCCCUGGCCCAGGCAGUUGUCCCCUCCUGCCUGAAAUCAGCUACCAUAAUCCUGGUACCAAAAAACUCUCCUGCCACCAGCCUAAACAAUUACCGCCCAGUGGGUCUCACCCCGGUAACCGCCAAGUGCCUCGAGAGACUAGUUCUUCACCACAUAAAGAACCACCUCCCCCCGGAUUUCGACCCCUUCCAGUUUGCUUAUCAGACUGUGAGACUCGGCCCCCACCUGUCCUCCGCCCACAUGCUGAGCACCGGCUCUCCACAGGGGUUUGUGCUGAGCCCACCCCUGUACAGCCUGUACACCAAUGACUGCAGUCUGACCCACAACAACAACCUCAUAGUGGAGUUUGCUGUCGACACUACGGUGGAGAUCAUUGUCAACUUCAGGAAACAGAACACCGACCCAGCCCCCCACUACAUCAACGGCCAGAGAGUGGAAAGGGUCCACACCUACCGGUUUCUCAUCCGCAAACAUUGGAUCUUCAUCUCCUGUCAGGAGCUUUUUCCUCUGGUUGACACAUCUGGAGGUCUCACCUUCCAGAAGACUGAUCCUGAUGAUGACCCAGAGUUCCUCAGCUGCUUCAUGUCUCCAUCAGUUGUCCAUGUUCCUGAUCUUGUUCUGUUCCAGCUGCUGGAGGACAACAUUGUCCUGUUUGUGAAGAACGAGCUGAAGAAGAUCCAGAGGGGUCUGAGUCCAGAUUACCCAGAAUCCCUAGAGCAUGUGUUGGAGGGUGAGGAUGAAGAGCAGAGGAGGAGCAGGAAGAGCUUUGUCAAGAUCACAGUGAACUUCCUGAGGAGAAUGAAGCAGGAGCAGCUGGCUGAGCGUCUGCAGAGCAGUACCUUUCCUGAAGUUUGUAAAAAGCGGCUGAAGUCUAAGCUGAAGAAGAAGUGCCAGUGUGUUUUUGAGGGGGUUGUUAAAGCAGGAAACCCAACCCUUCUGAAGCAGAUCUACACAGAGCUCUACAUCACAGAGGGAGGGACUGGAGAGGUCAACGAUGAACAUGAAGUCAGACAGAUUGAAGCAGCAUCCAGGAAACAUGACAGAGCAGAAACAACCAUCGGACAGGAAGACAUCUUUAAACUCCCACCUGGAAGACAUGAACCAAUCAGAACCGUGAUGACGAAGGGAGUGGCCGGCAUCGGGAAAACAGUCCUAACACAGAAGUUCACAAUGGAUUGGACUGAAGGAGCCAACCAGGACAUUCAGUUACUGCUUCCCUUCACCUUCAGAGAGCUGAAUGUGCUGAAAGAGAGAACGUUCAGCUUGGUGGAACUUGUUCAUCACUUCUUCACUGAAACCAGAGAAAUCUGCAGCUUUGAAGAGUUCCAGGUCGUGUUCAUCUUUGACGGUCUGGAUGAGAGUCGACUUCCUCUGGACUUCCACAACAAUGAGGUCCUGACUGAUGUUACAGAGUCCACCUCAGUGGAUGUGCUGCUGACAAACCUCAUCAGGGGGAACCUGCUUCCUUCUGCUCGUCUCUGGAUCACCACACGACCCGCAGCAGCCAAUCAGAUCCCUCCUGAGUGUGUCUCCAUGGUGACAGAAGUCAGAGGGUUCACUAACCCACAGAAGGAGGAAUACUUCAGGAAGAGGUUCAGAGAUAAGAAGCAGACCAGCAGGAUCAUCUCCCACAUCAAGACAUCACGAAGCCUCCACAUCAUGUGCCACAUCCCAGUCUUCUGCUGGAUCACUGCUACGGUCCUGGAGAAAGUCCUGGAAACCAGAGAGGAAGGGCGGCUGCCCAAGACCCUGACUGAGAUGUACAUCCACUUCCUCGUGGUCCAGGUCAAACUGAAGAAGGUUAAGUAUGAUGGAGGAGCUGAGACGGAUCCACACUGGAGUCCAGAGAGCAGGAAGAUGGUGGAGUCUCUGGGAAAACUGGCUUUUGAGCAGCUGCAGAAAGGAAACCUGAUCUUCUAUGAACCAGACCUGAGAGAGUGUGGCAUCGAUGUCAGAGAGGCUUCAGUGUACUCAGGAGUGUUCACCCAAAUCUUUAGAGAGGAGAACAGCCUGUACCAGGACCAGGUCUUCUGCUUCAUCCAUCUGAGUGUUCAGGAGUUUCUGGCUGCUCUUCAUGUCCAUCUGACCUUCAUCAAGUCUGGAGUCAACCUGCUGGAGGAACAAAGAAACACAGAGACUCGGGUCUAUCAGAGUGCUGUGGACAAGGCCUUACAGAGUCCAAACGGACACCUGGACUUGUUCCUCCGCUUCCUCCUGGGUCUCAAACUGGAGACCAAUCAGACUCUCCUACGAGGUCUGCUGGAACCAGAACAAAGAAGAUCACAGAACAAUCAGGAAACAGUUAAAUACAUCAAGAAGAAGAUCAGUGAAGAUCUGUCUGCAGAGAGAAGCAUCAACCUGUUCCACUGUCUGAAUGAACUGAACGAUGGUUCUCUGGUGGAGGAGGUCCAACAGUCCCUGAGGUCAGGACGUCUCUCCACAGAUAAACUGUCUCCUGCUCAGUGGUCAGCUCUGGUCUUCAUCUUACUGUCAUCAGAAGAUCUGGAGGUGUUUGACCUGAGGAAAUACUCAACUUCAGAGGAAGUUCUACGGAGACUGCUGCCGGUGGUCAAAGCCUCCAAGAAAGUUGUGUUGAGUGAGUGCAACCUCUCAGAGGACAUCUGUGCAGAUCUGUCCUCAGUUCUCAGCUCUCAGUCCUCCAGUCUGACAGAACUGGACCUGAGUAACAACCACCUGCAGGAUUCUGGACUGGAGCAGCUGUGUCCUGGACUGGAGAGUCCACACUGUCACCUGGAGUCUCUCAGGUUGAGUGGUUGUAACCUCUCAGAGGACAUCUGUGCAGAUCUGUCCUCAGUUCUCAGCUCUCAGUCCUCCAGUCUGACAGAACUGGACCUGAGUAACAACCACCUGCAGGAUUCAGGACUGAAGAAGCUGUGUCCUGGACUGGAGAGUCCACACUGUCACCUGGAGUCUCUCGGGUUGAGUGGUUGUAACCUCUCAGAGGACAUCUGUGCAGAUCUGUCCUCAGUUCUCAGCUCUCAGUCUUCCAGUCUGACAGAACUGGACCUGAGUAACAACCACUUGCAGGAUUCAGGACUGAAGAAGCUGUGUCCUGGACUGGAGAGUCCACACUGUCACCUGGAGUCUCUCAGGUUGAGUGAGUGUAACCUCUCAGAGGACAUCUGUGCAGAUCUGUCCUCAGUUCUCAGCUCUCAGUCCUCCAGUCUGACAGAACUGGACCUGAGUAACAAUCACCUGCAGGAUUCAGGGCUGAAGAAGCUGUGUCCUGGACUGGAGAGUCCACACUGUCACCUGGAGUCUCUCAGGCUAUCAGCCUGUCUGAUCUCAGAGGAAGGCUGUGCUUCUCUGGUCUCAGCUCUGAGCUCCAACCCCUCCCAUCUGAGAGAGCUGGACCUGAGCUACAACCAUCCAGGAGAGUCAGCAGGGAAGCUUUCGUCUGCUGGACUAGAGGAUCCCCGCUGGAGACUGGACACUCUCAGGGUGGAGCCUGCUGGACAACGAUGGUUGACACCAGGUCUGAGGAAGUAUUCCUGUCAACUCACCAUCGACACAAACACAGUCUACAACUACAUCAAACUGUCUGACAACGACAGGAAGAUGACACGUGUGGAGGAGGAUCAGUCAUAUCCUGAUCAUCCAGACAGGUUUGAUGACUGGUAUCAGCUGCUUUGUAGAGAAGUUCUGACGGGUCGCUGUUACUGGGAGUUCCAGAGGAGAGGAUUUGUUUGUGUAUCAGUGAGUUACAGAAGAAUCAGAAGGAAAGGACACUCUGAUGACUCUUGGUUUGGAUGGAACAAUCAUUCCUGGUGUCUGAACUGUUAUGAUGAUGGUCGGUACAAUGUCCGUCACAAUAAAAUAGAAACACCUUCUUCCUCCUCUUCCUCAGUCUCUGACAGAGUAGCAGUGUACGUGGACGUUCCUGCUGGAACUCUGUCCUUCUACAGCGUCUCCUCUGACAGACUGAUCCACCUCCACACCUUCAACACCACAUUCACUGAACCUCUCUAUCCUGGGUUCAGGUUCUGGUCUGGUUCUGAUUCUUCAGUGUCUCUGUGUUGAGUCAUCCAUCCAUCCAUACACCCAUACACCCAUCCAUCCAUCCAUCCAUCCAUCGAUCCAGGUCCAGGUUGUGUGGUAGCAGCCUCAUCAGAUUGGUCCAGACCUCCCUCUCCUUCGUCCCAGACCAACAGAUAAAAACUCUCAGUGAGUCCUGGUCCUACCGUGGGGCCUCGUCCCGGUUGGACAUGCCUAAAACACCUCUCGAUGGAAGUGUCCAGGGGACAUCUUCAGCAGUUGUCCAAACCAUCUCUGUUCCUCUAGAGGUGGACGACCAGUGACUCUACUCUGAGUGUCCCCUCGAUGAUUGAACUUCUCUUGUUUCAUCUAAUUUCUUGAUGGAGCAAAUCUCACUCCAGAACUCCCAAAAUACAAGCAGUAUAAAAUCUGUCACCAAAGGGACAAACCAUCCGGACCACUGCUGCACAGUCAUGAAGGACGUUUCUUACUCUGUCUCCCGUGCAGCUUCAGGACUCCGAGUUAUUUCCUGCUAUAUACAGUAAAUAUAGUUGAAAUUAAACGUCAUUUCAGAUCAGUAUCUGAUAGAGACUCUGUUUUCAUCCCUAAACUAUCUUAAUUCGACAUCUUACUGUUGCUGUCUUUUGUCCCUGAGUGGAAAAUGUCUUUCACACUGAUUUGCUGCAGUUCUCCAGAUGUAUUUGUCCAUUAAGGUGGAUCGUAGUAACCCACUGAAACCCUGAAAGGACUAUCUCAGGGACUUUAAAACCUGGAUGAAGAUGAACUUUCUUAACCUUCAGAACCGUCAUCCUUUGUGAUGUCACUGAUGACAUCACCUGUUUCUGAUUAUGUGGUAUGGGGUUCUCUUUUACGGUAUUUUAUGUAUUUUAUUUUACAGUUUAAACAUGUUGUGGCUCGUUGGCUCAGUCGUAUGAUUCUCACUUAGUGUGAGUGGUUCCAGGUUCAGUUCCCAGAGGAACCCAAUCGCUGGAUGUAACUUGUGGUUGUUUCCUAGAAGUAGCAAAGCUCCAGGACGGUGGAGUACUGACACCAGGACUCUAUCUGAAGGGGGUUGAGUUUCCAACUCGCAUCUAUCAUGUGAUGUUCCACAUCAGACACAUAAAUGCUGUAAACGCCCAUCUGACAGUCUCAACAGACAAAACUCAAUUCAAAUGUGUCUCAAUCUAAAUGGAUUGGUCGCUCAGAUGACAUGUCAAGUACUCGUUUGUGUCUCACCUCCCCGAAUGCUGGAAGGGGGGGUUUCUGAUGGUAGAUGGUGAUUUAGUUAGAUUAAGAUCAAUGAAGAGAUUAUUGUUGUCUCAAUUUUCUCAGAGUUGUGACACAAAGAGGACGAAGUCUGUUAGCUGGUUUACAUUUUUUAUCAUUUAUACUCUGAAGACAAAACAAGGCGUUAAAGUACAAAAUCACACGUAAUUGAUAAUCAGACAGAAGCACAAAGACAUACGCGAUAGAGGGAGAGACAGAUCACACCUCUUCCCUGACCAGGAACUGAACCUGGGUCGUGGUGGUGAAGGCACCAAAUCCUCACCACGAGACGCCAAGUUCACAUGUGACGCUCUCUUGAAGGGAUUUCAGCUCACUGCUCAAGGUUCAGGGACUUGCAGAGAAUGUUAAGAGAGUGAUGUUCAGUCGCUGUUU